GACCAAAGUUCCAAACCAAAAAACCCAAUCGAGCGCCAAAAUUUCGCCGCGCGUUUCAAAACUUCAAAUUUCGCUGAAAAAAGUACGUUAAAACACUCAAACGAAAAUAUUAGAUUAGAUGUUUGAAAAUUGAAACCUAAAAUCUCAAAUCCCCCCUCUCUGUCUCUCUCUUUCUAAAUUUCGGAUUGCCAGUCCUCCAUAGCUGAAUCGAAUACAGGGAACCGAUUGCUGUGUUCGAAUCCUUGCAAAUCUCAGGUACUUCACUUUGAUUCAGAACUUCCAGUUCUUUCCACGCAGAAAAAACCCCCUUCAUUUUUCACUUCAAUUUCUACAUUUACACAUUCCCGCACCAAAAUCUGCGAACCCAAUUGAGCUGUAGUAUCAGAAUAGCUGAAAUUAGGGUUUCGCAGAAUUGGGAUUUAUAGGAAAGCUUCGAUUUUUGCUUUAGAAACAUUGAAAUCUCUAUGCCCAAUUGAGUUCAAACCCUAUAAACUCAUGGUGAGAGAGACGACUGUGGAGGCCUUCUACCGGAGGCUCCGUGAGUCCGCAACGGCGUCGUCUCAAUCUCCUCUUCUGAUAUUCCCAUCGACUUCAGAUGCGGACUCACUCUGUGCCCUCAAAAUCAUCUUCCACGUCCUGGAGUCCGAUUCGAUCCGAUACGCGUGCUAUCCGGUCUCGUCGUUUCAGGAGAUUCACAAGUAUGCAGGCCCGGAUCUGUGUUCUUCGUCCGAAAACCCGGUUUCAAUACUUUUGAUCAAUUGGGGCUGCCACCGGGACCUGAAGAAGCUGCUCAAUUUGUCUCCCAAGGCUCGUGUUUUCGUGGUUGACAGCCAUCGUCCGAUUCAUUUGCAUAAUCUGAGCGACCAGAAUGAUCGUGUGGUUGUGCUUUAUACUUUGGAUGAUGAGAGGCAGGCUGAUUUGGCGUAUGACAUUGAGGAUGUGUCGGCUUUGGCAAAUGCGAGUGAUUUGAAUAGUGAUGAUGAAUUUGACCCCGAAUCGGAUAGCGACAGUGACGGUGAUGACAGCCAGAGUGAGGAGGAAGAAGGAAAUGGAGACAGGUCGAGAAAGCGAAGAAGGGUGGAUCGGGAGAACGACCCAGUUAAGCUCUUUCGGGACCUGAAGAGGAAAUAUUAUCAUUUGGGUACUUUUCAUGGUAAGCCUUCAGGGUGUUUGAUGUAUGAUUUGUCACAUUCUUUGAGGAAGAACACAAAUGAGUUGCUUUGGUUGGCUUGCGUUUCGUUAACGGAUCAGUUUUUGCACGAGAGGUUAACGGAUGAGAGGUACCAAGCUGCGGUGAUGGAGCUUGAGCAGUACAUUAACUGUUCCGGGAAUUUGGAGGCAGUGACUAAUGUGACUCUCAAAGAUGGCACGAAGAUUCGCGUGCCCCAGGCGUCUAGAAUUACAUACGAAGAUGAGCCUAGGCUAAUGUUGUUGCAGGAGUGGAAUUUAUUCGAUUCUAUGCUUUGUUCUUCGUACAUUGCUACUAAAUUGAAGACGUGGAGUGACAAUGGGAUGAAGAAGCUCAAGCUUCUUCUUGCAAGGAUGGGAUUUUCGCUUGUGGAUUGCCAGCAGAAAUACAGGUACAUGGAUACAGAAGUGAAACAGCUGAUGAAAGAGGAGUUUGAACGGUUUUUACCCGAAUAUGGACUCACUGAUUUCUACUACAGAAGCUUUCUGCGGCUCCAUGGUUACAGAUCAAGGGUAUCUGCAGCAGAUGUGGUUUAUGGAGUUACAGCGCUGCUUGAAUCGUAUGUGACAUCAGAUGGUUCUUGUGCUUCCAAGGAGUUUGGGAUGGCUUAUGAUGCAUUGUCAAUGAACAAUCUCGAUAAGUUGAAAGGAGGAAUGCAACAAGCAAUAAAGAUCCAGCGAGCAAUUCUAAGGCAAGGAAGCAUGGCAAUAACCAAGAGAGGCUGCAUAAGAAGUGGAAGUAAAUUUCGGUGGGUGAAACUUGAAGACUCGUUGGAUGCAAAAUUGCUGGGGUACCCUCAGGCAUUGACGAAAUUCUGCUAUUUUCUGAUGGACGGUCUGAGAGAGAAGGGAGCUCAAAUGAAGCCUCUGGUUUGUGCAUGCUUGGCACAAGAGCCUAAAAAGGUGUUGAUAGUUGGGGUUUGUGGGAAGCCUAGACUUGGAGCGGUUCAAGGAAACGCAUUUGGAAUCGCGUUCAGAAACGCAGCUCAGGAGAUUGGCGCAGAGUUCUUCCAUGAGUUGUUUGAGUCCUCGUGGAUUGUUCUGGAGGCGGCUAAGAUGAAUAGCUUCAUGGUGAGGCUGACAGAAGCUGUGAUGUAGAACUUUGCAAGGAAAACGCCUAACUCAACACACUUUUAGCUACUUUUUCAGUCUUUGAGCAAAAAUUUGGGUCAUGUUUUAGAUGACUGAUAUUUCGUAUGCUUUUAGUUCAUCUGUACCAAGAGGUAUGUAAUUGUCUUUUUCUCGUUUUUUCUUCGUUUUUCUUGAAUAAAUCUUCUUAUUUACUGCUGUUGUAACAUGUUCUUUCUUUCAUAUAUAAACUGAGAUUUUUUUCUGGUUAGUAAUCAA